AGUAGAACGCUGAUUUUUUUAGAAACUGAAAUUUAAAUGCAAAACAUCUUUGCAAAGUACAUUUUUUGUUUUAAUUAAGAGUUUGAAAAAUGGGGAAAAAAGACGUGAUUUAUACAAGUUUAGAUGGUGCUACAGGUGAAUCUGGAAUACAAGUUGUCUCCAAAAGAAAACUAAUACAAACCACUGAAACCACGGCUUUUCUAAAAGAAAAAUUUUCUCGGCUUGAAGCUCAAAGACUAGAAAAGGAAGGCAAAUUAUCGGAAGUGAACAAAAAGCUAGAAGAGAAGAAAAAUAAGCAAAUUCUUGUUAUUACUCACUUCAAUGUGUUUAUGUAUGCUGCCUGCUUUUUCAUGCAGUCUGGUACACUUCCUUAUCUUACAAAAAAGUUGGGAGCUGACCCAGUUACAUUCGGAACUCUUCAAACUGCCUUUUCAGUUUGUCAGCUGUUGGGUGGACCUAUCUAUGGUAGAAUAGGAGAUGUGAUGGGAGAAAGGUUUGCAAUAAUUCUCGCCUUCUCAUCAACUACACUAACAUAUCUAGUCACAGGGUUAUCUUACAAUAUCCCAACAUUAUUCUUGUCAAGAAUUUUCUCAGUUUUAAUGCACGUGAUGCAAGGAAGUCAAAUGGUUGCAACAAGUCUUUCUACAGCAGAAAACAGAGCUGGAUCAUUAGCCCAGCUGGGGUUCUCAUAUGGAUUGGGUAUGGUGGUAGGACCCAGCCUUGGGGGUCUCUGCACAACUAACUUUGGAGAACAAUCCUCAGCUCUUCUCUCAGCCCUGGGUUCUCUCUUCAGCCUUAUCCUUGUUAUAAUAUUUGUUCCACAGAUAAAUAAACAAACUAAACCUAAGGAGUCAAACCUUCUCCACUUAAAAAAGAUGUCAGGUUUAAUCGUAAAACCUGAAGUCCGGGGUUUACUUCUUAUAAAAACAAUCUGUGGUAUUCCUAUUGGAAUCCUCCAAUCCAUGUUUGCAGUUGUUGCAAUGGAACAGUUUGGACUGCCUGCAGAUCAGAAUGGUUUCCUAAUGUCCUAUAUAGGUGUGUUGACCCUGAUCAUGCAGGGGGCGGGAGUAGCCCUCAUUUCGUCAAGAAUAUCAGAUUUAAAUAUUGUAAAAGUAUCCGCAGUUACUUUAGCCCUGUCUUAUCUAGCUCUGAGUUUGUUGCGCGGUUUAAUAGACUUUCUCAUUCUUCUCGCUCCACUGGUCUUCUCUCUUUCUCUAAUAAACUCAGUUAUCUCCUCUACUCUAACUAAAGUUGUAUCUACUGGAGAUACAGGGACUAUGCUGGGGAUCAAUAUGGCGGUAAAUUCAGUGAUUCGAUCGCUAGCUCCCACAAUAGGGGGAUGGAUGAUAGCGCAGUAUGGAUUUGCGUCUAUCGGUCAGCUUGGUUUUGUUUGUAACCUUCUAGUACUGGUCAUAGCGUCGACAUGGGUCAACCUGUAGCUGAAAUUCUGAAGGCCAUUAAGACAACCUCUCAAUUUUUUUUGAAAUGUUUAAAAUGAUUUAACUUUACAUUCAUAUUUCUUAAGAUG